GGUUUCAACGCCUCACACGCACAAUUGAGCUGUAUUACUCGACUUGAUCAAUCUCUGUCGUAAUCAUGAUUCAUUCAAUACAGCUUGAAUUUUCACGUUCAGCACCCGUGCGCGAGUUCCGCGGCCCACUCUUUCCGUUGCAUAUGGCAAUGCCUCGCACUUGAACCUAUUCGAACUAUCUUUUGUUUCAAUCACACUUGCGACAUACCAUGCAGCAGCUUCCUUCGCAUGGUAAUAUGGAUGAUAAUCUACUACGUAUUGGUGUAUAAUAGAAUUAUUCUUAGAUGUAGAAGCUGCUAAACCCACACAAGUUGCACAGCCUAUAACAGAGUUUAUUACGUAGGUCAUGGAAGAAGUAAAAAUUUCUCACACUUGCGCCACGCCUCUAAGAGCUGGACAAGGAGGAAGAGAAUUCAGAAAUGGCGACGAACGAAGCAGCAACAACAGCGGCUCCUCCAAACCCCGCGAACAUAAUUACCGCCCUGACUAGUGCCUUUAAAAGCCAAAAUGGCGAGGCAGCAUCAAGCACGCGCAUAGCCCAGCUCCUCGAGCAGAACAUGGGCCAACUUGGCGAGCUUAUGCGGCAGGGCAAGCUCACUGCCGUACAGAUCCAGCAGCUGAAAGAUUACGCUGAAAAACACAAGUCCGCGACCAGUGCUGCUUCGGGAAGCGUGACUGGCACUUCGACCGCGAAUGGCAGUACAAAGACCGGGGCUGCUGCAACGACUGCUACUGCUUUUAAAAGCGGGUCACCAGCUCCUGUUCUUACAUCCACACCUGGUGACGGGUAUCCCAUUAGCCAAACUCUCAACACCACCAAUCCAGGGCCCGUCCAGUGGGCAGCUGCACAGCAAGGAAGACCAACUCUUUCAGGCGGAAUGACUAGUGGCAGAGUGUCCGGUACCCCUGCUCAGAUCGCACGAUCCACUGACGACGUUGGCAUGCUCAGCUUAGAGGACAACCGUUCACGAAGAAAGAAUACCCCGGGAGAUCAGAGCAUGAGACGAUCAAUACAAGAUCUCGUCUCAAGUAUUGAUCCCAAUGUUCGGAUCGAACCUGAGGUGGAGGAUCUACUUCUUCAAAUCGCUGAUGAGUUCAUCGACUCGGUCACGAACUUUGGCUGUCGACUAGCAAAACAUCGCGGCGGCGACACGCUCGAAGUCAAAGACCUUCAGCUUCACCUUGAACGUAACCACAAUAUCCGUAUUCCUGGAUUUGCAUCGGAUGACACACGAAUAGCCUUAUCUCAGGCUGCUGUGGCACCUUCCAUGCCUGCAGCGGCAACAAAGAAAGCAGCUCAGGGUACUUCCAUGACUUUACGCAGUCACCGCUUAGCGCAGGUACAACAGGCAAAGAGGGAGAGCAAGCUCGCAUAGUGAAUCGCGCUAAACUUUCUUUGUCGGCGUGAAGCAGACACAGUUUCCAUUACGACCUGCAUGUGCGAGAACGUUCAACGGCUUGCAAGGUUUCACUCUCGGACGCACUGUACUUGACUUUUGCACAGACGCAUUUGCAUAUGAUCCAUUGUACACAGUUUUCCCCAGAGUGCGGAAUCGUCACGACAUUCGAACGUUGUUGUCGAUGAGAAUUGAAGCAAAAGAUCACCAAAUGUUGUUUACUCUUCGCUACCACUAUAGAUAAGAAAUGGAUAUGAACAAUACUUCUCUAUCCGCAGGCGACAGCCCAAUUAAAAAAAUCAGCAUCACGAUACAG